AUGUCUGUUCUGAGGGAGAUCAAACAGUCAGCAGAGGAAGAGGUUCAGAGACAUUUGGACAUUAUCAGACGUCAAAUCUUAAAAGGUGUGACAAGACCUUAUAAUGAAGUGAUUGAUCUGAGCUCCGGUGAUAAUCAUGCUGCUGGGAUUAAGCCAAUAACAUUUGUACGACAGGUCCUGGCUGGAUGUCUUUACCCAGAUGUUCUCCUCGGUGACACUCUUCCUGUUGAUGCCCAACUGAGAGUUAAAAGGCUGCUGGAACAAUGUGCAGGAGGGAGUGUUGGGUCCUACACAGACUCCAGUGGCAUGGCUCAUGUGCAGCGCAACGUGGCAAAUUUCAUCUCUCGGCGAGAUGGGGGUCUGCCUGCCGAUCCCAACCACGUCUUCAUCGCCUCUGGCUCCCAAAGGGCUAUAAUGGCAAUCCUGAAGUUAUUGCCCCAAGGGGAAGGCACAUCUCAGACUGGCAUCAUGGUUCCUACGCCAUGUCCGCAUACUUUGCCCCACUUGCUUAAAGCUGCGGGGCUGGUGACAGUGCCCUAUCAACUGACAGAGGAGAUGGACUGGAAGGUAGACCUGCUGCAGCUUCACAAAGUCAUUCAGGCCUCUAGGGGGCACUGCAGCCCUCGCGCACUUUUUAUCAGUAACCCUGGCAACCCUACAGGUCAUAUCCAGAGCAGGAGAUCCAUAGAGCAGAUCAUCUGCUUUGCAGCUGAGCAUAAGCUCCUCUUGUUAGUUGAUGAGAAAUAUCAGGAGAGUGUAUUUGGAGAGGGCUCCGAGUUUGUGUCCUAUAAAAAAGUUCUGGCUGAGAUUGGUCCCCCUUACUCUCUCACUGUGGAACUGGCAUCUUUCCACUCUCUCUCCAAUGGCAUCAUGGGAGAGUGUGGGUUACGGGCUGGCUAUGUGGAACUGGUGAACUUCGAUCACACCGUGCUGCCGUUUGUUGAGACAUUGCUGUGCAGAGACAUUAGUACUCCAGUGCUUGGUCAGAUUGCUCUAGAUAUCAUGGUUGGUCCACCCCUUCCAGGAGACCCAUCAUAUAACCUAUACACACAGGAGGUGGAGUCCAGACGGGCUACUCUGGAGUGUAAUAUGGACAAGGCUGUGGAUUGUCUAAACACUUUACCAGGGUUUCGCUGUCACCCUGUUAAAGCUGGACUCUUCAUCUAUCCUCACCUAACCCUCCCUAAUGCAGUCCUGACACAGGCACAGCACUUGGGUGUGGAGGCAGGGCUGUUGUACUGUGGCAGCCUGUUAGAGGAGGAGGGUUUAUGUGUUGGAGUCUGUGAAUGUGUUUGUGAAAGUAGCCGUCAAGGAAGCUGCUGGCACAUCAGGAUGUGUGUACUGAUGCCGUCUGAUGUUCUGGAGGACGUCUUGUGCCGCCUUCGUUCCUUUCACAUCCGCUUCCUCAGAGGAUACUAA